GAUAUGCUAAUUGAUUAUUACUAUUAUGAGCAUUUUGGAAGUGGUUGAUGUUUGUGGAAAUGAACUUGGUGUUUCUUCUAUUGUUAUUGUUGGCUAGUGUUUGUUCUUUUGCUCUUCCUCAGCUUGAUUUACAAGGCAGAUCUGUUGUGGCCUCAUCUUGUGUGUGUGACCCCUCUGGCUGACCCCAUUGCAGAAUUUUUACUUGUUGCUAACUGUUGUUAUGCAGUGGCCUUCGCGACAUAUUCCUUCUUGACAAUUCUGUUGAUCACCUCCGGCUUUGCCGUCUUGACAUUCACUUCCUUUUGUUGGGAGUGAAUCCAUUUACACGCCGAUAUAUCAUGUCCAAUAACAUUACAAUGAUAGCAAAACGCCGAUAAGUGCUCAUAAACAAUACCAAGGUUAAACGCAAAGCCUUCACGCUCAACCAAUAUCGCGUCAAACACUUGUUGUGAUAGGUCCAUGUCUAUCAACACAUGCGCGUAAUGACCGAAAGUUCAAUUCAAUGUGGCAUCAUCUAAUGCGAGCGGGGUGCCAAUUGCACUCGCAAAUUUCAAACAGUGUGCGCUGCCUCCAGUACUCUUGUGGCAGCCCCAUGAGGCGAAUCCAAAUUUGAGUAUGUGUCUGCCUCUGAUUUUGAGAGCUAAAGUCAUUAGUCCGUUUUGAUACCCGUCGACCAUGCCAUUCGCAUAUCCUCAUACGAAGUGAACUGAAAUUCAUAAUAGCCCCUUCCCAACGAUACCAUCCGCCAAGGAUUACUAGUUUUCCACAACCCGGACAAUCUGAUUUUCAAGUCUCAACCAGUUAACGGCUUAUCACCCUUGUUUAGCAUCAGUCUUCCAUGUAAAUUCUUCUUGCAAUCGGCAAGCCCUAACUCGUAUUCUUGUUGCGUGAUUUUUAUGCUCAAAGAUUCGCCUUUAACUCACUUGUAUCUCACAGGAAUCAUGUAACACUUCUGCAAGCGAAUGUGCCGGAACGUUUUUCACCGUGUUACCCGACGUGGGACUAGCCAUACACGGUCACGCGGCCAUGCUUCAAUAUCCUAGGCGCCGCCAAACAUAUCUAAGACUUGGAUUUAUUAAAUAAGAUGCACUAUAUGCAUUGAAGUCAUCUCUGAAUGCUUCACCUAACCAGCUUACUAACUGGAACAAAAAUCAAGUAAACCCUUGUACUUGGUCCAAUGUUUACUGCGACCAAAAUAGCAAUGUUGUUCAAGUUUCACUAGCAUUUAUGGGAUUCUCCGGAACCUUGACACCAAGAAUAGGAGCUCUCAAAAGUCUUACAACUCUUUCUUUACAAGGGAAUAACAUCAGUGGCGACAUACCAAAAGAAUUUGGAAAUCUUACAAGCUUAGUGAGAUUGGAUCUGGAUCACAACAUAUUAACCGGUGAAAUACCAUCUUCUCUUGGUAAUCUUAAAAAGCUUCAAUUCUUGACAUUAAGUCAAAACAAUCUCAAUGGGACUAUUCCAGAAUCACUUGGCAGUCUCCCAAACUUGAGCAAUAUUCUGCUAGACUCAAAUGAUUUCAGCGGACAUAUUCCAGAACAGUUAUUCAAUGUUCCUAAGUACAAUUUCACUGGAAAUAAGUUGGAUUGUGGUGUAAUUUAUCAGCAUCUUUGCACAUCUGAUAAUGGAAAUCAAGGAUCAUCACACAAAUCGAAAGUAGGUCUCAUAGUUGGAACAGUUAUAGGUUUAAUUGUUAUUCUUUUUCUUGGUGGCCUUCUGUUUUUCUGGUGCAAACGGUACAAGCGUGAAGUUUUUGUAGAUGUUCCAGGUGAUGUUGAUCGGCGAAUUACAUUGGGUCAAAUAAAAAGUUUUUCCUGGAGAGAACUACAGAUAGCUACAGACAACUUCAGUGAGAGAAAUGUUUUAGGACAGGGAGGAUUCGGAAAGGUUUAUAAAGGUGUUCUAGCUGAUGGGACAAAAAUUGCUGUCAAAAGGCUAACUGAUUAUGAAAGUCCCGGUGGUGAUCAAGCUUUCCAGCGUGAAGUUGAGAUGAUAAGUGUUGCUGUCCAUAGGAACCUUUUACGGCUCAUUGGGUUUUGUACUACUCCAACUGAACGUCUCUUAGUUUAUCCUUUCAUGCAGAACUUAAGUGUUGCCUCUCGACUACGAGAACUCAAACCUGGGGAAUCUGUUUUGGAUUGGGCUACAAGAAAACGAGUGGCUCUUGGAACAGCUCGUGGCCUUGAAUAUCUUCACGAGCAAUGUGAUCCCAAAAUUAUUCAUAGAGAUGUAAAGGCAGCUAAUAUAUUACUAGAUGGAGAUUUUGAAGCAGUCGUCGGUGACUUUGGUUUGGCAAAAUUGGUCGAUGUUCGAAGGACUAAUGUAACCACUCAAAUUCGUGGGACAAUGGGCCAUAUAGCUCCAGAAUACUUGUCUACCGGAAAAUCUUCAGAAAAGACAGAUGUUUUUAGUUAUGGGAUUAUGCUUUUGGAGCUUGUUACAGGUCAACGUGCAAUUGACUUUUCACGUUUGGAAGAUCAAGAUGAUGUGUUACUGCUUGACCAUGCAAAGAAGCUGCAACGGGAGAAAAGACUGGAUGUUAUUGUCGACCGCAAUCUUGAUAAAAAUUACAACAUAGAAGAAGUUGAAGUGAUAGUACAAGUUGCAUUACUGUGCACGCAAGCAACGCCAGAAGAUCGUCCGGCAAUGUCAGAGGUUGUAAGAAUGCUGGAAGGAGAGGGGCUAGCUGAAAGGUGGGAAGAAUGGAGUCAUCUGGAGGUUACUCGGACGCAAGACUCUGAGAGACUGCAAAGAAGAUUUGCGUGGGGAGAUGAUUCAAUUCAUAACCAAGAUGCAAUCGAGUUGUCGGGUGGAAGAUGAGAGGGGCAUACAUUUAUACCAUCAUUUUUUUUUAUGUUGUCACAAAUAUACCCUUUCUAUUGAUUGAUUUGAUCUAGAAAUAUGUAGGAUAGUAAUCUUCAUUUUUUUGGCGCCUUAGACAAACUAAAUGAAUAAUGUCUUUUUGGUUGAACUUCAAAAUUAGCCAGUGAUUCGUCUA